AUUUCUUUUCCGAAAAUUGACGUCACGCAAACGCCAUUUUGUAAAGUGUCCGCCGUAGUCUCGUUUUCUGGACACAGUGUAAAAUACGUAAUUCGCAUGGUUUCGUGUACAUUUAAAACAUAAAGACAAUCAAAAUCAUAGUUAACGUCUCGUGCGUUAAUCUCACAGACACAAAGUAUGGAGGACAAGGCGUCGUUAAAAGAACUGGAUCAAUGGAUAGAACAACUAAAUGAAUGCAAGCAAUUGACAGAAAAUCAAGUAAAAACGUUAUGCGACAAGGCAAAGGAGAUCCUCACAAAGGAGUCCAACGUCCAAGAGGUGAAAUGUCCCGUGACGGUGUGCGGGGACGUCCACGGGCAGUUCCACGAUCUGAUGGAACUGUUCCGUAUCGGCGGCCGAUCCCCCGACACUAACUACUUAUUCAUGGGAGACUACGUCGACCGCGGGUACUACAGUGUCGAGACCGUCACAUUGCUCGUUGCGCUUAAGGUUAGAUACCGGGAGAGAAUAACAAUCCUCCGCGGUAACCACGAGUCUAGGCAGAUCACCCAAGUAUACGGGUUCUACGACGAGUGCCUUCGUAAAUACGGCAACGCGUCGGUAUGGAAGCAUUUCACCGACUUGUUCGACUUUCUGCCCCUGACCGCGUUGGUGGACGGGCAGAUCUUCUGCCUGCACGGCGGACUCAGCCCCUCCAUCGACACCCUCGACCACAUCCGAGCCCUCGACCGCCUGCAGGAGGUCCCCCACGAAGGACCCAUGUGCGAUCUGUUGUGGAGUGACCCCGAUGACAGAGGCGGAUGGGGUAUAUCGCCCCGUGGCGCCGGCUACACUUUCGGCCAGGACAUCUCGGAGACGUUCAACCACAGCAACGGUCUGACGCUGGUCUCCAGGGCUCACCAGCUCGUCAUGGAGGGCUACAACUGGUGCCACGAUAGAAACGUCGUCACUAUAUUCUCAGCACCCAAUUACUGCUAUAGAUGCGGUAACCAAGCCGCCAUAAUGGAAUUGGAUGAUGCUCUUAAGUACUCAUUCCUUCAGUUCGACCCGGCCCCACGCCGCGGCGAGCCGCACGUCACGCGACGGACGCCAGAUUACUUCAUGUAGGCUGCACAGGAGGCGCAUAUGAAGCGUGCGGGGCGGGCGGCGGGCGGCGCGGGCGCGGCGGGCGCGCGGCGCGGG